GAAAGUAGAAAUCCAAAGUGGGGUUGAGUUGAAUACAACCCAAAACAUGAAACAACCAUUUGUAAAUUGCAAUAAUAAGUGCGUGAGAAUUGAGAAACUGUAGAGGACUUUCGUAUUUGUCAAUUGCUAAGUGACAGUUGAAUGACAGAAAAUAUAUCAGAAAACAAGUAAAGGUACAUAUACACAUUUACACUUUACGUUGUUUUUUUAAUUAAUUGAAUGGUGAUAAUUUAUUUUAAUAUAAAAAAUGGAGUCUCCCGAGGAAAUGUCCCAUGUUAUCACACAGGAAGAAAACAGGACACUUAGUAAUCCGGUGAUUAAUGAUGAAUAUCAACAGCUACAUGAAGAAGUAAUGGCAAAUUUCCAAAAGCCUAAUUUGCCUAACAUAAAUGUUCCCGAGAGAAUCAUUAUAUGUUUGGAUUUGUGCUAUGAUGCACAAAAUUCUCUCUUUCGACUGGCAGAUGGAACGACUUACACACCAAUCAACAUGUUGAAGAGAGUUCUUGACUUCUUUAUACAUUCAAAACAUGCAAUCAAUAAGAGGACAGAGUUUGCAUUAUUUGUUUUAAAUGAUUCAGAUGUUCAAUACAUUCAAAACUUUACCAACAAUAUUAAAGAUAUUAUUAAUGCUAUAGAUUACGUUCAACCAGAAGAAUGCACACAGGAAACAUUUGAUUUUCACAAAAUUUUUAAGAUUCUGAAGCAGGAUAUACAAAUACCUGAAUACAAACAAUCAGAAUGUAUUCUACCACCUCCUUAUGUGGUUCGUAUGAUUGUAUUGUAUAAUCGCUCCAACUGUAUACCUGUCAUUCAACAGGAUGAUCCAUAUUUUAAUAUCUUAAAGAAGCAUUUGUUCUUUUAUUUUGAUAUUUUAUAUGCACAUGAAGAUGACUGUGCUCUCUACAAAUGUGAAGAAAUCUAUGAUGCACUACAGGACCUGGACAAUGGGUAUUCUUUUGUGUUUGAAGUCUCAAAAAAUGCAACCAAAAUCCAUGAUUGCAUUGCAAAACUGUUAGCUCACCCUUUACAAAGGCCAUUACAAAAAAAUACAGACUAUACAUUUUGUACUAGACAGUCCUAUAUAUUGUAAAAGUAAUUAUGUUAAGUUAAGAUUAAGUAUUUUGAAACUGUUUUUAUGACUUUUACUAUAAUGAUAAUACAUUAAUUUUCUACCCGCUAAAUGAUUACUAUUAAACUAUUAGCUUGUUAGCAUCACAAAACAAACAUUCAUCUUCUCAUACUUAUCCCUUUAUACUUUCAUUUAGCUGUUAACUGUCCCAGUUAAGUGAAGCAAUAAAUCAAUGGAAUUUUUCAAUCAGACCUUCAAUGGAAGUACUGAGAAAGAUUUGAUUUUCAUAUUUAGUUGUGCUAAUUAAUACAAAUCUCGAAAAGACUAACCAUCAAGUGGGUCACAUUUGUAAAAUCAUUGAUAGAGCUCUAUUG